UGUUGCAGUUUUUAAGUCCGUUUGAAAACCUUUCCUCCUCCAGAUUUCAAAAUGGGAAAGCUGGCAUACAUUUCACUUUUUGUAGCUGCCUUGUCGGUGCUGUUAGGAGAGAGAUUUAUCAACCUCAGGAAAAGGUGCCUUGCUACUAGAGAGAUCGUCCCGAAACACCUCCCCAACUGUGUUGCACUCAAAAAUCUGGAUUAUGGAUCGGAGGAUAUAACGAUCCUGGAAAACGGGCUUGCCCUUAUCAGCACUGGUCUGAAGUUUCCUGGACUGCCUUCCUCAGAUGUGCCUGGAAAGAUAUUUCUGCUUGAUCUACAGGAUUCUCAGAUGAAACCAGUAGAGCUCCGCAUGCCAAGGAACUUUGAUCUUGACUCUUUCAACCCUCAUGGCAUCAGUGUAUACAUCGAUCCAAGUGAUAGCACAGUCUACCUGUUUGUUGUCAAUCAUCCUCAACAAAAAAGCCAAGUGGAGCUAUUCAAGUUUGUGGAGGAGGACCGUGCCCUAGAGCACCUGAAAACCAUUAAACAUGAACUUCUCUACAGCGUAAAUGAUAUUGUUGCAGUGGGAGUGGAUAGCUUCUAUGCAACAAAUGAUCACUAUUUUAACCAAGAAAUCCUGAAAGUAUUUGUGGAGCCUUUACUGCCUCUGACGUGGGCUAAUGUUGUGUACUAUAGUACUGAGGAGGUAAAAGUGGUCUCUGAGGGUUAUUUCUUUGCAAAUGGAAUCAACAUGUCACCAGACAAAAGGUAUAUUUAUGUCGUAGAAUUUUUUGAUCAAAAAGUGCACGUGUUGGAGCGGAAAGAAGACAAUUCAUUGGCCAACGUCAAGUCUGUUGCUGUGGGUACACUCUGUGACAACGUCGAGGUUGACCCUGAAAAUGGUGACCUUUGGUUAGGCUGUCACCCUAAUGCAUGGAAGGCUCUCAUGUUUGACCCCAAAGACCCACCAGGAUCAGAGAUCAUCCGUAUCCAGAAUGUUCAUUCUGAUCAGCCUGUGGUUACACAGGUGUAUGCAGACAAUGGACAUGUGAUCAUGGGCUCUUCGGUAGCCGCUUCGUAUGGAGGGAAGUUGCUCAUUGGCUCUGUGUUCCACAAAGCCUUGUGCUGUGAUUUACAGUAGACAAUGAAAGCAAACACUGCCACUCACUUUAACACAUGAGAGGGGAAAAAAAAUCUC